AUGGCUCCAACAGCACAUGCAGUACAGCUUGUAGAGCCCCGAGCCGCUGCAAACUCUCCUGGAUGGCACGGAUCACACGAUGUCGCUCCAAUACUGGCCGAGAAUGUCCCCGGAGCGCAAGGCGUGCAUGAGCGUGAAGCACUCUCGUUCGCAAACGUCCCUGGAAGACAAAACCUGCAGCUGUCAGCUCUCCCGUUUGAUGUCUCCGGGGUUGAUCCAGGAGGACAGGAGCGACACUUUUGA